AUGCCAUCGUUUCUUGAAAAGUUCCAUUUGGAUACGAAUUCUGGAGCUGGGUACGCCAUUGUCCCAGUGUCAUUAGGGGCCUCUUUUAUCGCUUCGUUUGCAUCAGGGUUUGUUGCCGAUAGACUGGGGAGAAAAAAGUUUCUCUAUGUAGCUUCCAUUACCCAUGAAAUUGGUUGCAUCAUAGAGAUUGCAGGUCAAUCCCAGGCAACCUUUUUCACUGGCCGUAUCAUUACUGGGCUGGCCAUUGGUCUUUACAGCAUGCUUAUACCACUGUACCAAAGCGAAAUUGCCAAACCAUCAAACCGUGGACGACUCAUCACGUUUUACCAAAUUUUCGUCACACUGGGAUUUUGCGUUGCAUUCUGGUUGGGUUACGGGGCGUAUCGCAUAGAAUCAGAUGCUGGAUGGAGGAUUCCUGUUGGCUUUCAGCUGAUUGCUGGAUUCAUUAUGCUUUGUGGCCUCUACUUUAUCCCAGAAUCACCUCGUUGGCUCAUUUACAAAGAUCGCAACGCUGAAGCACUGAAGAUAUUAGCUCAAUUACGAUCCUAUGGGAACGAACACGAUGUGGAUGUGCAGAUGGAGUUCACCGGUAUUGUACAGGAUGUAUCCUUUGAUAAAAUGGCAUAUACGCAAAGAUUCAUGAGCUUGCUGAGGAAGGGAAAUGACAACAAUCGCAAAAGAACAUUGCUAGGGAUUGGCGUCCAUGUAUUUACACAAUUAUCGGGCAUCAAUGCCUUGUUGUUCUACCUACCCCAUAUCCUAGAAUCAGCAGGCAUAAGAGAAGCCAUUUCGGCCUUGCUUGGAAAUGGUGUGGGCGGUGCCGUCAAUUUCGUAGCCACAUUGUUUGUGAUACUCUACAUCGACAAAUGGGAUAGACGUCGCAUUCUAGUGUGUGGAGCACUAGCGAUGUCUGUUUGCAUGAUUUGUAUCACCAUUGUAUCUGCAAUUUAUAAUCAACAAUUGAUCAGCAAAGUACCAGCGUAUGGAGUGUCGAAUUCAACAUCGAGUACAGUAUCAGAUACAGCAGCGAGUUAUGCUAUUUUGGCACUGCUAUGUGUAUUUAUUGCAUUCUUUGCACUUAGCUGGGGACCCAUUGGAUGGAUCUAUCCGGCCGAAAUUUACCCGCAAAUGAUUCGUGCUAAUGCAAUGGGGGUGACAACAUCCUUUAGCUAUCUAUUUAACCUGUUUAUAUCGCUAAUAUCGCCUAUCAUGUUUCGAGAAAUACUGUGGGGUACGUAUCUAUUUUUUGCCAUGAUGUGUCUAAUUAUGGCCGGCGUGGUACAGAAAUACUAUCCAGAAACUAGGGGCCGAUCUUUGGAGGAAAUUCAGCUCAUUUUCAGUGGAGCUUUGAUAGACCAACGGCCAGAUGCGCAUCAUCCAGCCACCGCAGCAGAAGCAUUGCUGCAUCUAGAGCAGCUUCAACAUGAAGACAAACGCAAUCAAAUGCAACAGCCACAGUUUCCUUUGAAUAUACCAGCUGAAUGGUCUGAUGUUGUCGUCUCCAACCCGCACAAUGUAUCCAGAGCACUCAACAGUUUCAAUCACGUUGACGAUGAAUUUGAAGCCGACGAUAAUUCGAUACAGGAGAUUCGGUCACAACGCACGUUUGCAACAUCGUCCUCCAUUGCAUCAUGGUCAGGCCCAUCGUCUAUUGAGUUGGAUCAAUUAGGCACGAAUGGCGAAACGUCGAAUACUACAGCUAGCGUGGCAGCUGCUGCAUCGUCUUCCAGUGUACCGCAGGACAAAACCAAGUAA